AUGGAAAAACUAUUGGAGUUAACACAUCGGCUUAUGCCCUCCGUGGUAAGCGAGGGAAAAAUCGGUUCGAUAGAGCUAAACAUUUGGUUGGCUCAAUUGAUGGGAUUGCCUUUGGUUGGCUUUAAGCCGGAGACAAAACUACAAAGCUAUCGCAUUAUCUCCAUUGGUAUAAUUGUCUUGACUAGUCUCUUUUGCUAUGUCAUAUUGGAGCUAUAUGAUCUGGUACUCAAUUGGUACGACUUGGACGUUGUGACACAGAAUUUGGUAAUGUCACUAACACAUUUGGGUUAUUGGUUUAAGGUAAGUAAUUUGAAAUUACUUUAUUUAUUUUUAGUACCUGAAGAUUUGGCUGGUCAACGAUUUCCCUAUCGCGUACAAAUGCCUCAAUUCAUUCCGACUAUCUUGCAAUAUGUCUACAUGGGUCUCAGCAUCGUCCUUAUAUCCUGUGGCACCACAACCAUUGACUAUGUGAAUAUGCUAUUCAUGAAUCAAAUAUGCAUGCAUCUCAAAAUGCUAAACAUGGCAUUUGAAAAUCUAAUUGGAGAUGGCAAAGAGGAUCGCAAUCGACAGUUAAUUGCAAUUAUCAAAUAUCAUUGCGAUCUAAUAAUUUUACGUCAGCAAUUGGAACAGAUAUAUCGUUUGCCAAUCAUGUAUCAAUUCGUUUCCUCACUGGUCAUCGUGGCCAUGACAACGUUUCAGGCAAUCGUCGGAGAUGGGUCAGGCAGUUCGAUUCUUAUAGAUUUUCUACUUAGUUGUGUGGUGGCUCAAUUGUUUUUGUAUUGCUGGUACGGCAACGAGGUGGUUGAAGAGAGUAAAACCCUUUCCACAUCGGGCUUUAGUUGCGAUUGGUAUGCAUUUGAUACACGAUUUAAAAGAACUUUGCUCAUCUUUAUGAUAAAUGCGGAGCGGCCAUUUCAAUUCACAGCCGGAGGAUUUAUGGGUUUGACUUUGACCAGUUUUGGCAAUAUUAUGAGUAAAUCUUAUUCCAUAGUGGCUGUCCUGCGGCAGGUGUAUAGUAGAGCCUAAUUCUUAAAUUGAAACGAUUAAUAAAGAGAAAUA